CAGGACCUCGCGAGACUUGAGCACAGCCAGCAUCUCCAGGACUAACUCCGCAAGCCGGAUUUGCUUUUUCUUAGUCUUUUUGUGCGGGUGAGAGGUCACCGCAGAGAGGACGCGCGAUGAUGACCACAGAACAAGAAAUUAGACUGCCGCCAGGCGACAGUUAGCGCAGGCGACAACCCACCUGCUUCCUCAGGACGUCCACUUCGCCGCUGUGCCGCUGCUCCGCCCUCGACAGCUCCUCUCGCAGCUGAGAACGCGCAUGAAAUAUGAACUUUAAAGCGGGGCGCAGGCUUUCAACCCUGCGGUUUAUGCGGUGAUGCGGCUAAAUUGUGGAGUCUUUCUAACGGCCGCAAGGGGACACUCGCGUGGAAAAUGCGUCAAAGGCAUCUUUUAGGAUUUUGGCUUCUUGCUGCAACUUCACGUGCUGGAUGCGCAUCUCCUCCAGUCUGAACGAGCGCACACCCCUUUCAAAUAACACCACCACCACCAACACGAAGCAAACAAGAUGGAGGCGGUCGUCAGCUACCGAAGUUUGAGUUGCGCCACCUGGCUGUCGAGCACGACAGGCCCGGGAUGCAGUCAGUCACGUCGCCAGCAGGUGGCAGCAAAGGGACAUUCACAGAAAACGGCAAAAAGCGACUGUCUACGACUGGCCUCCUUCGAGUUUACGAACGCCUGGACACCGCCAACGACCAAUAAGAGUCCUGCCGUCCGGUCUGGAGGUCCUGCAGCUGCUUGCGGAGAACCCCGAUCUGCAACGGGGACGCCAAAAAAACUAAAGUGUCAGCAUCGAACUGUACGCGCUAACCUCCAGGUCCUUGCGAUGGAGGAGCACCCUGGAAGCCGACAUCUCCUCCUGGCUGCCCUUCAGCCGCAGCCGGACGUCGCGCAUCUGCGCCUCCCACUCGCUCCUCUGCUGGCUCAUCAUGAUGUCGAUCUGCCGCAUCAGCUCCUGGAGCUCCGGCUCGCACGCCGACAGCACAGAGCUGAAGAAGAGAACACACGGAACAAAGUUGCCCGAUGCCAUCCAGCGGGUGCAGGACGCCGGUGGAUGACUCUCCGUGGGCCAGAAAAAACACCGCAGGCCUGUGUUUGGAUAACGCCUACCGCAACAUCAGCAAUGGCCGGCCCGGAGCAGCAGAAGCAGCAUCAGCAGCAGGUGGAGGAGGAGAAGGCCGAGAACAUCGAUGACGCCGAGAUGGCGCUGCAAGGCAUCAACAUGCUGCUCAACAACGGCUUCAAGGAGAGCGACGAGCUCUUUCGGAGAUACAGGAGUCAGAGUCCACUGAUGAGCUUCGGGGCGAGUUUUGUUAGCUUCCUGAACGCCAUGAUGACAUUCGAGGAGGAGAAGAUGCAGACGGCGUGCGACGACCUGAAGACCACCGAGAAGCUGUGCGAGAGCGACAGCGUCGGUGUGCUGGAGACCAUCAGGAACAAGAUCAAGAAGAGCAUGGACUCCCAGAGGUCUGGCGUGGUGGUGGUGGACCGCCUGCAGAGACAGAUCAUUGUGGCCGACUGUCAGGUUUACUUGGCCGUGCUCUCCUUCGUUAAGCAGGAACUCUCAGCGUACAUCAAAGGUGGUUGGAUCCUCCGCAAGGCAUGGAAGAUGUACAACAAAUGUCACAGCGACAUUAGCCAGCUGCAGGCCGCCUGCCAGCAGACCGCCGCAGAGACCAACCCUCCCGACAACGCCAACCACAACGAGGCGGAGAGCGGCGUGACGUCCGAGGCCUUGGACCGCCUGAAGGGCUCGGUGAGCUUCGGCUACGGCCUGUUCCACCUCUGCAUCUCCAUGGUGCCCCCGCACCUCCUCAAAAUCAUCAACCUCCUGGGCUUCCCCGGAGACCGGCUCCAAGGCCUUGCCGCCCUCGCCUACGCCAGCGAGAGCAAGGACAUGAAGGCACCGCUAGCCACGUUGGCUCUCCUGUGGUAUCACACAGUAGUGCUGCCAUUCUUCGCACUAGAUGGGUGUGACUCUCACGCCGGCCUGACGGAGGCCAAAGAGAUCCUGCACAGGAAGUCGCUUGUUUACCCAAACUCCUCCCUCUUUAUCUUCUUCAAGGGGCGCAUACACCGGCUGGAGUGUCACAUCAACAGCGCUCUGGCCUGCUUCAACGACGCACUGGAACUGGCCUCCGACCAAAGAGAGAUCCAGCACGUGUGUCUGUACGAGAUCGGCUGGUGCAGCAUGAUCGAAAUGAACUUCGAAGAUGCUCACCAGUCCUUUGAGAGGCUGAAGAACGAGUCGAGAUGGUCUCAGUGCUAUUACGCGUACUUGACUGGAGUGUGUCAGGGAGCCUCGGGUGACUUGGAGGGCGCCUGCGGGGUCUUCAAAGAUGUGCAGAAGCUGUUCAAAAGGAAGAACAACCAGAUCGAGCAGUUUGCUGUCAAACGGGCCGAGCGUCUGCGGAAGAUCUCUCCCAGCAGAGAGCUUUGCAUUUUGGGCGUCAUUGAGGUGCUGUACCUGUGGAAAGCACUUCCCAACUGCUCCUCGUCCAAGCUGCAGGUCAUGAACCAAGUUUUGCAGCGUCUCGACGAGGCGUCCUGCCGCGGCUUGAAACAUCUCCUGCUGGGCGCCGUCCACAAGUGUCACGGCAACACCAGAGAUGCCGUUCAGUCCUUCCAGAUGGCGGCCAGAGACGAGUACGGGCGUCAGACCAAUUCGUACGUUCAGCCGUACGCCGUCUACGAGCUGGGCUGCGUGCUGCUCGCCAAACCCGAGACAGUUGGUAAGGGGAGAUCGUUCCUACUUCAAGCAAAGGAGGAUUUCACGGGCUACGACUUUGAGAACAGGCUUCACGUGCGCAUCCAUUCGGCGUUGGCCUCGCUCAAGGAACUAGUACCUCAGUGACUCCGGAGGGGGGCGCGUUUUUACAUAAUCUCGUUAACCCGCUGACCGCGACUCUAAAGGGGAGCCUGCAGACGUGAUGUAAACGACUCUGGAAACAAAAAAAUACACUCGUUUAUGUAGUGUACAGUGUUAAGGUGUCGGGUACCGGAUGCAGGAAAAUGAAGUUUAUGCGAAAGCGGAUAUUUGACCCACUUGCCACAAACGGUGCCACGUUUUGACAGGAUUUUUGUCUGUGUAAAAAAAAAAAAAAAAAAAAAAAAAAAAAAAAAAGUUCACCCGAAGUAUGGUUUAGAAAAUCACAAAAUAUUUGUCCCAUUCGCAUUAAAAUGGGAUUUUAAGUGAGUUUUUUGUCACACACACAACAGUUUAAAAAAAAAAAGUUUUAAUAUUUUUGUGAGUGUAAACGCAUUCACCAAAUGUAAAAUUAGCAUUAGCUGAUCACUUACACCGACGUUGUACAACAAGACGUAAGCUGACUAAUGCAGAAAAUUUAAGUCAACACAUACACAGAUUUGUGCCAUUUGCAGCAAAAUGUCUACUUGUAAUGUCUUUUUAAAACAGUUUUAACAACGUCUUUCUCUGUGUUCUUUAAAAUACGAGUCAGCUUUUCCAGUACCGCCAUUUUCUGAUGACUACACGCCAUUCUGUGGACGAAGGCCAAAAUGUAUCGAAAAAGGUUUUCUUUUGUCUUUUUAAAUACCUGUUUGUGGCCGAGCUACAGAGGACAUUUAAAAAAAACAACAACUUGUUUCUCAUUGUAUUGAGUAAGUUUUUCAUUGUAAUGAGUACGUUUCUCAUUGUAAUGAGUACGUUUCUCAUUGUAAUGAGUAGGUGUAGAGAAAUGUCUACCUAUGGGUCGUAGCUUAUUUACCCGCUAGCUACCGGUAGCUUCCUACAGAGCCCCUAAAGGGACACUAAAAAAAAACAAACCCUUGUUUCUCAUUGUAAUGAGUAAGUUAAUCAUUGUAAUGCGUAGGUUUCUCAUUGUAAUGAGUAAGUUACUCAUUGUAAUGAGUAAGUUUCUCAUUGUAAUGAGUAAGUGUAGAGAAAUGUCUUCCUAUGGGUCGUAGCUUAUUUACCUGUUAGCUAGCAGUAGCUUCCUGCUCCAUAGCUUCUUGCCUUCACGUAGCUGUAAACUACAACUUACCUUGCACGUGUUAUCUGAGAGAAAGGCAACAGAAGAGGACUUGGUCUCUUUCCUCAAAACAAGAAAUAUACCCCACAGUGUUAUCGAUCAACUCAAAGACGAUAAGGUGAGUAUAACUGUGAACUUUUAUCACUAGAAUAUAGCAGUAUAUAGUAAAUAAGAUGGAAAUAGAACCGAACUAACUCCUGCAUUGUCAUCGUUGUGAAGAAAUGCAAACUGGAAUGAAUAAGGGUCUUUUAUACAUGCACACAUGCAAUGGACUAGUUAGUCAUUGCAAUGAGAAACCUAUUCAUUACAAUGAGUAAGUUUCUCAUUACAAUGAGAAACAAGUUAUUUUUUUUUUUUUUCCAAUGUCCCUUUACAGGUUCCGUAGGGCUCCGCACCUAGCCAAGACUGUCUUUGGGGCGGGGGGGAAUCAGUCAUCAUUUCAACACAAACUAACCAGCUAGCUAGCUAGCUGAGGUCGCAGUGUUUCCCGGUCAGACCAGUAAUUUGAGUCAGAUAACCCGAUUCGAGCAACUCUAACUGAAUCACUCGAGGGCACGCUGUUUCCGGUGAGUCUGAUUACUUGAGUCCGUGAAUCGAUACGAAUGAAUCAUCCAAGUCCGCUAAAUGGAGUCAGUCAAUUAAUGUAACCGAAUAACCUGAGUCCGAUGCAACCAUCGGAGGAUUCAUUGGAUUUGGUUUAAUGGAGACCUCAGACUGGACAUUUUUGUUCCGGCCCUACGUUUUUGAGUCUCGAACAUUAUUUUAAUUGUGUCUGCUCUAUGCAUGGCACAGCAGGUGCGUGAAAGUGACUCUUUGGUCCUCAACGUACCGUGUGUCCAAAUCAAGCGAAUCCGAAUUGAAAGGUGCUGGGAAAUAAUAUUCGAUCUACAUGCUGUCCUAAGUGUCAUUCUGAACUGUUGUGCGUAUAGUUUUAAUUCAACUUCAAUUUAAAAAAAAAAAAAAAAAGACAUUUUAGUGAGGCUAACGUAAGAAAAUGGUGUUAUUAAUUUAUUUGUUUUUUUUUUCCUCACCUCUUUUGCCGUGUGAAGAACGUGGAGACGUGCGAGUGUUUCGUCUGUCCGGUAACGUUCCGAUCUACGUUUGAGUUCAAAUGUCACAAAAUUCGACAAUAAACUCCUCCCACUCAAUCC